UGUUAGUGUUGGUCCAUUGCUGAGGUUUCAACAGAGUGUGAGAAGGAGGCCUAUUUCCCCUUUCCAAAGAAAUAGGUGGGGCACUUCAAGAAAGCAUAACCACAUUCAGAGCGAAGCACAUGUUGUGUUUCUGUGUCAUUCAACCCAACACACUCCAAGUAGUGCACUGUGGAGCGGAUUCCACUGUGAACCAAGAUCACACCCCAAUGAACAGCAGUAAUGUUGUUACACAUUUCGUCCUUUGGAUUCAGGCUCUACCUGGGGCUCUUCCUUCUAAACAGCAUUUCUGUGGUCACACAUGGCACAGCGCUAAAUCUUCGCUGCACCAACGACUUCGAUCUGCUGAUGUUCUGUCAGUUCCUUCCUCCGUCCAACGCGACAAACUGUAGCGAAUAUUACCUCAACACCAAGGUGGAGGGGUCCCAGAGAUACACUGAGCGUGAUUGCAAGUUAACACGUGACUCUGAUCCGACAUGGACAUGCAGUUGUUCGAUGAACAUGGAGGGUUUGUUUCUUUCGUCAGACAUUCACAACACAACGCUGUGGAAAGCUGGGGAUCUAGUGGAGUCCAAAAACAUUAGCGUGUUCAAAAACAGAAAACCCAGAGCCCCUAAAGUCACUUCAGUGAGAAGAGAAAAUGGGGAUUAUCGGGUUGAGUGGGACACAAACUAUAAAGAACCCAUCUUCGAAAUGACGGCCGUGGUGACCUACCGCAGACCAGGAGAGGAAGGCACGGAAGUCAACGUUUCGUCCGGGACACUGUAUUGCAUUUUGGAGUCCCUGCAGCCGGGCACGUAUUACGUGGUCAACGUGAGGAGUGUCUUGUCGUUGGACGGUGAACGUAGUGAGGACUUCCCAUUCACCACCCGCGUUUCUUCCGACACUAUUUUGGUGGUGAUCAUCCUGAGCCUGAGUGUUGCUGCUGUGAUCAUCACCAGUUCCCUGCUACAUCUCAUCACACGGUUAAAAACGAAGUUGUGGUAUAACGUUGGCAAAUACAAGAACUCCACCCUUCUAGAUAUGGUACCAGUAGAGCACAAGGUACUAAUGCCUCAGAAUCCUGCCCUCUGCUCUGUCUAUGUUGACUCCCCUAAAGAGGUCAAAGAUGACACAAUGACAUGCAGCCCGGGGGUAUACUCCCAUCAAAGCUCUAGAGCUGACUGCGUGUCCUCCUCUCUGGGGAACUCUCAGAAGGUCUCUGCGGACAUCGUCUCCAGCAUGGAGGAUGCCAUGCGUAAGGCCCUCCCCGAGGUCUCCCUGCCUUCCACCACGGCUCCCUGGCUCUUCAUGGGCCACAGCAACCCGGGCUACAAUCCAGUCCCUGGGACCUCAACCCUGGGCUUCUUUGAAAUCUUAAACUAUUCCAUGGCUCCUCCUUUUAGGACCCAGGGGUUGAACGGUGCCCUGCCUGCAGUGCUCAGUGAGUCCUUGCUCAAUCCCAGCAUGUUGAGGGAUGCAUCGUACGACCCCAGUCCAGAUUUCCAGGUGCCUAUUUUCCAGCUGACUAGACAGAGGCAGCCUUUAGUAAGUAGACAGGAUUCACCCUACAUGAAAAGGGAUCAUUCGAUGAGCUCAUUCCCAACAGAUGGUCUGCAGGUAGACCUUGAGUACAGCCCUUCUCGAAGCGAGGCCACUUCUACCUCCAUCUUGUGUGGCGUUGGCUCCUCCGUGUCUAGUGUUUGUUCAACAGGAGCACUUCGGCGCGAGACCUUGAACGCGUCGCACCUAGGCCGAGCAGCUAGCCUGAUGGAACAUGUUUACGGCCAAGAGGAACCGUCUGUGAAAGUCUGUGGUUCAAAUCUGUGUGAAGAGCCUCGCCCUGCCCCUGCUUGCAGCCUGGUUCCCGGGGACGAUGACUACCAAGCCUUCCAAAGUGUAGUGAGGGGACAUGGGGAGCUCAUUCCAGAGGCGAGCGAGGGUGGGCCCAGUAAUUGGCCUGACAAACUUUCUGAGACUUUCUUCACUGCAAUGCCAAGCAUGGUGAAUCCCUUAGCCACCUCUAACCAAGGAGCCAAGGGUUUUCUAGAAUCUCAAGCCAACAAGGUUUCUGUUCUGCUGGCGGAUGAGCACAAGCUAGUCAUUAUUGGUGAUUAUCAUAGUGUUUGAUGGUCUGGAAACAAUGACUUCGGGGAAAUCUUGUACUACAGUCAUGUCGAGUCUCCUCGGGAGUCAUGAUGGGUAAUGGCGUGCCACGAAGGUCUGUGUAUCAUGCAUGUUAAUAUUUCAUUAGCAGACUGGAGACCUUUGUCACGCCUUAGCUGAUCUAUGAAUUUUAUCCUUUGACCCACGCGAGAAGCUCGGCCCUGCCUUGAUUCCGAGAGGACAAGGUGAUGAGCAGCAAUGUCACUGUGAAUAGCACAAUGUCCUGAAGUACAAAGCUUAAACCAAUUGGAAGCUACAUUUAGGUUUUAGGUUAACAUUGCUAAAUGGAAAGCUAGGGUAUUCCGUUACUGAUAUUAAGGUCAUCUUUUACAGAUGGUUACGUUGUAUUAGGUUGGAGAUGGUUUAGUUUAGGUAUUAUAUUUUAUUUUGGAAAGUACAAAACUUAAACUCUAACGCUGAACGUUCUCUAACUUUGUAUCAGACACUGUCAUGCAUGUGUCAUUCACAUAUUUUGUUAUUAAAGUCAUGAAGAAAAAACUGCACAGACUGUACACACCAGUUAUUCUUCAUGUUUAUUUUGUAGCUUAAACAUUUCAAUUAUGGUGUAGGUCAGGACUUAACUAUUUAAUAAUUUAGGAGACACUUUCUCAAAGCCAUUUAGUGUCCUAGAGAUAAUGUCCUCCAGGAGAAAGUAGGGCUGAGGCAUAUUGCAACAACUUCCUGAUCCCUGUUGCUUGGAAAUCCAUGUAAGCUCCCACAUCAUGAGUCAUCACAGGUCAGUGGAAAAAAACCGUAAAAGCUCACAGAUUCUUCAACGAAAAAAAGAGUGUUCAGAAAUGUAAACGUAGACCUAGCUCGUGUUAAAUGUAGCACAUUCAAAUUACAAACCAUAUUAAUAUUUAUUGUAAUAAAAAAUUAUGUUAAAGCCG